UCAUCUCCUCGCACUCAAACGAGCGAAGGCGAAGACGCCUCGUAGCUACCGUUAUCUCUAACCAGAGAGAGAGAGAGAGAGAGAGAGAGAGAGAGAGAGAUGGCAGCUGAAUCGGUUAGAAUAUCGGCCUCCGGUACGGCUUUCCGAAACGUCAAUGGCUCCCGUGGGCCCCACCACCCUCUCCCUUCUCCCCGCUUCCUCUCUCCCAAAACUUUCACCCGCAGCAUUCGCCCAUUCUCAGCCUCCGAUUUCUUCGGAAACGUCCGCCUCAGGUCGAAAUCAACGGUCUCGAUUUCCCAUGAACGAAAAGCAGGGCUUUCUGUGGUGGCCAUGGCUAAUGAAGAGGGAAAGCGGGAAGUACCCCUAAAAGAUUAUCGUAACAUCGGAAUUAUGGCCCACAUAGAUGCAGGAAAGACUACUACUACUGAACGGAUUCUCUACUACACUGGAAGAAAUUACAAGAUAGGGGAGGUGCAUGAGGGAACUGCUACAAUGGACUGGAUGGAACAGGAACAAGAAAGAGGCAUUACUAUAACAUCCGCUGCAACUACCACCUUUUGGAAUAAUCACCGGAUUAACAUUAUUGACACUCCUGGCCAUGUCGACUUCACGCUUGAAGUGGAACGGGCCCUCAGAGUCUUGGAUGGUGCUAUAUGCUUGUUCGACAGUGUUGCUGGUGUCGAACCCCAGUCUGAAACUGUAUGGAGACAAGCUGAUAAGUAUGGAGUCCCUAGAAUAUGCUUUGUUAAUAAGAUGGAUCGUCUUGGAGCGAACUUUUUUAGAACAAGGGACAUGAUAGUCACAAACUUGGGGGCUAAACCUCUUGUUAUUCAACUACCGAUAGGUGCAGAAGAUAAGUUUCAAGGGGUUAUUGAUCUUCUGAAAAUGAAAGCCAUAAUCUGGUCAGGAGAAGAAUUAGGUGCGAAAUUCGUAUAUGAGGACAUCCCAGCUGAUCUCCAGGACUUAGCUCAAGAUUACAGAAUUCAAAUGAUUGAAACUGUGAUUGACCUGGAUGAUACAGCAAUGGAAAACUACCUGGAAGGAGUUGAACCUGAUGAACAAACCAUGAAGAAAUUAAUCAGAAAGGGAACCAUUGCUGGCAAUUUCGUUCCACUAUUAUGUGGCUCGGCAUUUAAAAACAAGGGUGUCCAGCCAUUGCUUGAUGCUGUUGUGGAUUACUUGCCUUCACCAAUCGAAGUGCCACCAAUGGUGGGGACUGACCCUGAGAAUCCAGAAGUUGCUAUUGAAAGGGCUGCGAGUGAUGAUGAACCAUUUGCUGGACUGGCAUUCAAGAUCAUGAGUGACCCAUUUGUAGGAUCUCUUACAUUUGUCAGAGUGUAUGCAGGAAAGUUAAUGGCAGGCUCCUAUGUACUAAAUGCAAACAAAGGGAAGAAGGAGAGAAUCGGAAGACUUCUAGAGAUGCAUGCUAAUAGCAGGGAGGAUGUCAAGACAGCUUUAGCGGGUGACAUUGUUGCUCUCGCUGGUUUGAAAGAUACGAUCACUGGUGAAACGCUAUGUGAUCCAGAGAAGCCUAUUGUACUUGAGCGGAUGGAUUUCCCUGAUCCUGUUAUUAAGGUUGCGAUAGAACCCAAGACCAAAGCCGAUGUUGAUAAGAUGGCAGUUGGGCUGAUCAAGCUUGCUCAAGAAGACCCAUCUUUUCACUUCUCAAGGGAUGAAGAGAUCAACCAGACUGUUAUUGAAGGAAUGGGGGAGCUGCAUCUUGAGAUCAUUGUUGAUCGGCUGAAGAGGGAAUUCAAGGUUGAAGCGAAUGUAGGUGCACCACAAGUGAACUACCGUGAAAGCAUCUCUAGAAUCUCAGAAGUAAAAUAUGUCCACAAGAAACAAUCUGGAGGAGCCGGCCAGUUUGCAGAUAUUACAGUGAGGUUUGAACCCAUGGAGGCAGGAAGUGGGUAUGAAUUCAAGAGCGAAAUAAAAGGAGGUGCGGUCCCAAAAGAAUACAUCCCAGGUGUGAUGAAAGGAUUGGAGGAAUGCAUGAGCAAUGGUGUACUUGCUGGCUAUCCUGUUGUUGAUAUCCGUGCUGUGUUAGUUGAUGGCUCCUACCACGAUGUUGACUCAAGUGUCUUGGCAUUCCAGCUGGCAGCUCGAGGUGCCUUCCGGGAGGGUGUGAGAAAAGCAGGUCCAAGAAUGCUGGAACCUAUCAUGAAAGUUGAAGUUGUCACACCUGAAGAGCACUUGGGUGAUGUGAUUGGUGAUCUUAACUCGAGGAGAGGCCAGAUCAACAACUUUGGUGAUAAGCCUGGGGGCCUUAAGGUGGUGGAUGCGCUGGUACCACUGGCAGAAAUGUUUCAAUAUGUGAGCACACUCCGAGGAAUGACAAAAGGACGUGCAUCUUACACCAUGCAGUUGGCCAAGUUCGAUGUCGUCCCACAACACAUUCAGAACCAGCUCUCUGCAAAAGAGCAAGAGGUUGCUGCUUGAUUUCCUUCCAUCUGUGGGACUGGUGCAGAUAGGCUCAGGUUGUCCAUUUGUUAAAUUUUUUUCGUAAUCUGUAGUCCUAAGAUCCAAGCCAACUAUUAUUUAUCCACUUUUCAUAUAUUGGAAAUGUAAGUAGCACUUUUUUGAGUUAAAAGAAUGAGUUGCCAUUUCAUA